AUGGCUUCAAUUUUAACUGUCAAGAGAUUUUUGAUUCAGUUUGAAAAAACCUUAGGUUUAGCUAUUAAUAAGGACAAAUCAGAGGUUUUUCUUACAAAAUCAGUGAGAAGAAGGGAUGCUAUUGUUAGAUCUUUAGGGUGUAAGGUAGGAAAACUACCUUUUACUUACUUGGGGCUCCCUAUUUCUGAUAAAUUGCUGAGAAGAGUUGACUGCCUUAGUUUGGUUGAUAUAGUAAUUGAUGUUACCUCUAGAUGGAAUGGUAUGAAUAUAUCAAUGGAUGGGAGGGUGGAAUUGAGCAGAGCUAUGAUUAUUCCAAUGGUGCAGUAUUGGACUUCAGUAUUUUCUCUUCCUACUGCUGUUUCAAAUUUGAUUGAGAGAAGAAUGAGGAACUUUGUUUGGGGACACCUUGAAAACAGAAAGAAGCUAUGGGCUCCGAUGGAAGAAUCUUACAAUGCCUAA